UUUGAUUACCCUUCCCGCAACUCUCCGAUCUCUCCAGACGCCGGCGCUCGUUAUACGAAUUGAUUGCUACGAAGACGGAGAACAAAACGGCUCCUUCCUCUUCCUCCGAAGUCCUCCUCCUCUCCGUCCUUGACCGACUGUUCCAUCCUCCCUAGGAGUAACCUGCACGUAGACGAACAAUAUAUUAUUGGGCCUUGAACAACGUAUUGGCAGGCUUUCGUGCCAAUCUUUUUUUGUGUGUGUUUGGGUGGUUCGAUAACCAAGUCUUUGGAAUCGCGAGGCUGUACUGAACAUUCAUUCUGAGAACCUCUUAACACCUAACACUCGACAAAAGAUAAUGGGAAACCAAACAUCAAAAGCCGAUGGCGGCUCCAAGGGCUCCGGCGGCGCGUCCGGCGAUAUGUCGUCGUAUCCCGCGUUUGGAAAGUCGGAUACUAAGGAUUCUACCCGCUCAUUCAAAAACCUUCGAUCCAAGAUACCUGGUGGUGGGAAGACGGAUAGUCCGCGAAGCUCGGCGAUUAUGUCUAAUGGAGAUGCCGUUGACAAGUCGGACGCAGCAUCGGUAAAGUCUGCGCGGAGUAGUAGAUCGAGAACAAGUCGUGCUGACUCACUCGCUUCCCCAUCCUCCCCAACAACGCCGGAUAUAGCAAAUUUGCGACUCGAUGAUAUGCAGCCGCCUCCAUCUCCCGUUCAAUCCGCCUCCAUUAGAGCUGGCCAUGGCGAUAUCUUCGCUGCCCAAGCCUCCGGCGAGGUAGAUCAUGUAUCGGACCAACCACCUUCUGGGGCUGUGAACCCUAAUCCUCAUAUACAGCAGCAACCCGGUGCGCCCAUCCUGGUUAAGAAGGAGAAUACUAUUAAUCCAAUUAUAUCGAUGCCUGGUACUUCCUCGAAAGAUGACUCGCCUGCUGGAGUCGCUAUGAGCGACAUCAAGGAUAUUGAUCUUGAUGAUUUCAUUAAGCGACUUCUGGAUGCUGCGUACGCUGGGAAGGUAACGAAGAGUGUUUGUCUGAAGAAUGCCGAAAUCGUCGCCAUUUGCCAGAGAGCUCGAGAAUGCUUCCUAACCCAACCUGCGUUACUGGAGCUUGAUGCGCCGGUCAAGAUUGUUGGCGACGUCCACGGCCAGUAUACCGACCUUAUCCGUAUGUUCGAGAUGUGCGGAUUCCCGCCGAGCGCAAACUACCUCUUCCUUGGUGAUUAUGUUGACAGGGGCAAGCAGUCUUUGGAGACUAUCUUGCUUCUGCUGUGCUACAAGCUCAAGUACCCCGAAAAUUUCUUCCUACUGCGAGGGAACCACGAAUGCGCCAAUGUAACGAGGGUAUAUGGGUUUUAUGACGAAUGCAAGCGAAGGUGUAACGUUAAGAUUUGGAAGACGUUUAUCGAUUGCUUUAAUACGCUUCCGAUUGCUGCUAUAGUUGCGGGGAAGAUAUUUUGUGUCCACGGAGGGCUGUCGCCGGCGCUAAGUCAUAUGGAUGAUAUUCGCAACAUUGCUCGUCCUACCGAUGUCCCAGAUUAUGGUCUCCUGAAUGAUCUACUCUGGUCUGAUCCUGCCGACAUGGAAGCGGAUUGGGAAGCCAACGAGAGAGGUGUUAGUUACUGCUUUGGGAAGAAGGUCAUCACAGAUUUCCUUGCGACCCACGAUUUUGAUCUAGUCUGCCGGGCACACAUGGUCGUCGAAGACGGAUACGAAUUUUUUAACGAUAGGGUUCUAGUCACUGUCUUUAGCGCACCAAACUACUGCGGCGAAUUCGAUAACUGGGGAGCUGUCAUGUCUGUUUCAUCAGAACUUUUAUGUAGCUUCGAACUUCUAAAACCGCUUGACUCCUCCGCGCUAAAGAGCCACAUUAAGAAGGGCAGGAACAAGCGUAACAACAUGUUGAACAGCCCGCCUGCUAGCGUGUAUCCUCAGAGUGUGUAGAGAUACCUCUGAAGGGCCGUGUAAACGAAGGCCCUUUUCGAGAUUAAUACGUGGACGAACUUAUUUCGUACCCAAACGAAAUUGAAGGACACAAACUUCUAUAGUAUAGACUAGAGACGCAUCUUUAGGCCUGCAGGCCUUCUCUCGCCUCGAACAGUAUCACCCUUAGAAAAAAAGCUAAGAAGUGCGAUGCGCAAGGGAGGGGACCUAGCUUAACGGCA